UUCAAAAUCUCUCCUCUCUCUUUCUACGUACCAUAUAUAAGCUAACAACUCCCAAUCCCAUUCUUUGCUUGCAAUUAUAUAAAGGCACCCAUUGUCCCAACAAUGUCAUCAUAGCCUCCUUCCUCUCCAAAAAAACUUUGCUUGCCAUAUUGAUUUGUUUUCUUCAUUCCCCUCACAAUCUAUUAAAAUGACAUUCUUUAAGGCUUUGGUUUUAUGCUUCUUUUUAGCGAUCACUAUGCCAUUGCCGACUCUGGCAACAAACCACAUUGUUGGAGAUGGUUUAGGUUGGACAGUUGAUUCUGAUUAUACAACAUGGGCUAGUGACAAAACCUUUGUAGUUGGUGACAGUCUCGUGUUCAACUAUGAAGCUGGGUGGCACACAGUGGAUGAAGUUAGGGAAAGUGACUAUCAAUCAUGCACAACUAGAAAUUCAAUUAGUACAGACGGUAGUGGUGCCACAACCAUUCCCCUCAAAAAAGCAGGAACUCAUUACUUCAUAUGUGCUGUUCCUGUACAUUGCAUAAGUGGUGGCAUGAAACUCUCUGUUAAGGUUCAGGAUUCUUCUUCUUCUUCUUCUUCUUCUUCUUCUUCUUCUUCUGCUCCUUCUGCUGCACCAUCACCAUCAGGAAAAGGUUCACCUUCUUCCGAUGACACCCCCGCCGCAACAACAACCACCACCACCAUUCCUACCAUUGCAGCACCAUCACCAUCAGGAAAAGGUUUACCUUCCGAUGACACCCCCGCCGCAACAACCACCACCACUCCUACCAUGCAAAGUGCAUCUUCAGCUACUUGUAUCUCACCAAUUGUUGCCUUCUUUUUUAUUGUUUCAUGGAUCUUGAUCAAUUAAAUAUUGGUGUGAGAUUAUUUUCUAAGAUAUAUAUAGCCAGACAGAGGCCGUACUUCUAUCUUUUUUUAUUCCUGU